AUGCAAAGCCUGAUCGGCUUAAUUGAAAUAGGUUCGCCCGGACAAACUAUCGAUGUCCAGUUCGAUACCACAUUCAAUGGAACCCUAAUUCAAUCUACUUAUGAGGGAGCAGUGAUAAGCGGCAGUCCCGUGUACAACAGCAGUGACUCUACAUCGGUAAAUGAAAUUAUAUCGGAGAACUAUGGUGUGCCUCUCUUUCUGUACACAUUCGCGGAUAGUGCUGAGGCUACGGCGAUUGCUGGUAGCGAGACAUUCAAUAUUGGGGGUGUACUCUAUUCUGACAUUGCAUUCGGUCAACUCUGGGAAUAUGAUCUGAAGAAAAGCGGGAGAAUUAUGCCGUUUGGCGGAGCAAGUGGAGUUAUUGGACUUAACCCAUACCCGUGGCAACCUCCUGAUUCACCGAAUUUUAUGUAUGCGAUUCGGAAUCAGCUGACAGAAUGGAAAUGUUCCUUUGACUUAUACCGUGCUUGGAAGAACGGCACAUUGACCUUUGGAGCCCUCGAAAACCCAAAUAAUCGUGCUGAUAUUGCGUGGGCGGAAAGGAACGCCAAUCAACCUACAUGGAGUAUCAAUAUUACAGCCAUAUCAGCCGGUAGUAGAAAAAAUCCUCCAAUUGCGACCUGGUCAGCAACUAUCUCCACGGAAGAACAGUCCCUUGUUUGGCCGCAAAAGCUCCUGGACUGGUACUUCACAGGUGUUGGUGCUACAUGGUCGGCUGCGAAAAACACGUAUCGCUAUCCAUGCAAUGCAACAUUACCGGAUUUCACCUUUGGCUUUGGGAAUGGGACGUUUACGAUUCCUGGUGCUUAUCUACCGUACCAGCGUGAUCAGACAGGUACUACAUGUGUUACGAUAAUCACAGGAGACAACUCUACGGACUCAGAUUAUGAAUAUAGUUUCGGUUCCUGGUGGUCUCAACUCGGAGUAUUAAUCCUUGACUAUGAACAUAGUCAGGUAGGUUUCAUGAAUAAGUCCACACCACUACCGGCCUUCGGUAUCUCUUCUCUGGAAAGUGUUGUGAUGGGCUAA